GGGGAGAAGAAGGUACAGGACAGGGCACAGGACAAGACACAGAUGUCCUUGCUCAGCAACAUGUUCUCGAACUUCAAGUUUUCGUCAGAUAGGAAACAAGAUACGCAGAGCAACAAUCCAAGACAAGGAGGAGGAGAGGGAGGAGGAGAGGGAGGAGAGGGAGGAGGAGAAGGAGGAAAGGGUAAACAGGAGGGUGCCUCCGUGAAGCCUUUAUCCCAGGGAGGACAGACCGAGGGGUCAAACUCAGAAGGCCUGAAGGAGGAGGCGAAAGGUGACGGGGAGGAGCAGGGCAGGGCAGACGGGCAUGAGGGAAACGGUGGGGGGGAGGGAGAGGGGCUGGAGGAAGGGAGGCCUGCUUUCGGCAUCGGUCUUGUCCUCGAGUCCUGGAAACCCUCCAACCUCUCACGCGCUCUCAAUUUGAUCGGCAACACCCGAGAAGCUGUAAAAGUUCACUCGGUCCUCAAGGAAGGUUCUGCAGCCAAAGCUCAUCCCGCCAUCUACAGUGGAGACAUCCUCACUCAUGUGGAGGAGGUGAAAAUCACGAGCCUGCAGCAAGCAAGGCGGCUUCUGAGGGAGACGACGGAGCUGCACGUGAAGCUCAAGUUUGUAAGGAAUCAGAUCCCUUACGAGACCGUCAUUGACAUCGACAGAAUGCCCGUAGACAAAGAUUAAUGUGGACACAUUGUAGAUAUUAAAAGCACACAGAUAG